AUGGAUCUCGCCUCCAUCUUAGAAAACGCCAUUCUGAGUUCUGACCAAGCUGUCAGAGCUCAGGCUGAAGCUGAACUUGAAAAAGCUGCUUCCGAGCACUUUGUUCAAUAUCUUGCCAUGCUCACAGAAGUCCUGGGUAAUCCCCAGCGCAGAACAGAAGUCCGAAUGCUUGCUGGUCUCGGUCUAAAAAAUCAGCUUACUUCAAAAGACCUUAGAACUAAACACAUGCAAAUAGAGCGAUGGAACCAACUUCCUCUAGACGCCAAAACUCAAAUUAAAUCAGUAGCUCUUGAGGCUCUUAGUUCUUCUGAUGAACGAGUCGGUAGAUCAGCUGCCCAACUUAUUGCUGCUAUUGCCGAUAUUGAACUCCCUCUCAACGCUUGGCCCGACCUCAUGCAAGUCCUCAUUGCCAAUACAGCCCCCCAAAAUCCCUCCGAGGUUAAAAAGUCUGCCCUUUUGGCCAUUGGCUACAUUUGCGAGACUGCAGACUCUUCUAAUCCCGGUGUGGUAGCCCAGGCUAGUCCCAUUCUUACCGCCAUUGUUCAAGGUGCUCAGUCCAGUGAAACGGAUCCAUCGGUGCGUCUUACUGCCAUCAACGCCCUUGUCAACUCUUUGGAGUUUAUCCGCGGCAAUUUUGGUGUUGACUCUGAACGCAAUUAUAUCAUGCAGGUUGUUUGUGAAGCUACUCAGUCCGAAGAUAAUGAGGUUCAGGUGGCUGCUUUUGGAGCCAUGGCUCGCAUUAUGAGCUUGUAUUACCAGUACAUGAGCUUUUAUAUGGAAAAGGCUCUGUUUAGUCUCACAGUUUCUGGUAUGCGUUCUGAAAACGACCGUGUUGCUUGCAUGGCUGUUGAAUUUUGGAGCACUGUUUGCGAGGAGGAGCUUGAGAUUCUCAUGACAAGUGAGGACGAACACGCAGCUAAGCAAAACUACCAAUUUGCUCAAUCUGCCCUCCCAGAAGUACUGCCCACGCUUUUGAGCUUGUUAACUCGACAGGAUGAGCUUGCUGAUGAAGAUGACUGGAACGUUUCUAUGGCUGCUGGUGCAUGCUUACAGCUCUAUGCUCAAACUACCCAAAACGCUGUUGUUCCUACUACCCUCAACUUUGUUGAAGUCAACUUGGCUGACGAAGAUUGGAAGAAGCGUGAAGCUGCUGUUAUGGCAUUCGGCUCUAUUCUCGAUGGCCCAGACUAUGAAGAGCUUAAAGCCCUUAUUGGACAAGCUCUUAACCCCAUUGUUAGCUUAAUCAACGACCAGUCGCUGCAUGUACGCGACACUGUUGCAUGGUGUCUUGGGCGUAUGGCGGACCUUGUUAUCGACGGUAUUUCCAUUGAGUCCCACCUUCCUUCUAUUAUCCAUGCCAUUGUUGUUGGUCUGAAUGAUGACCAAAAGGUUGCUGCCAACUGCUGCUGGACUAUUAUGAAUCUCACAGAGCAACUUAACCACGAUGGCCCUCAGGAAGACACGGCACCCAUGUCCCAAUACUACAACCCGUUGGUUACUGCGCUCUUGUCGCUGGCCACCAAGCAAGAUAAUGAUGCUUCUGCACGUGCAUCAGCAUACGAGGCAUUGUCAACACUGGUGAUUUUCAGUGCCAAUGACGUUCUGGACACUGUUCGUGAGCUUGCUACGCAGGUCAUGCAGCGUCUUGAGGGCACUCUGGGAAUACAGCAGCAGGUUGUUGGUAUUGAGGAUCGUGCGAGCUUGGAAGAGCUGCAAAUCAAUCUGUUGAGCUUGUUAACUAACAUUGUGCGACGCAUUGGCGAAGAGAUUCCAGCGGCUGCUGAUCGACUCAUGGAGUUGUUUUUCAACAUGUUGACUCAUAAGCUUCCUAACACGCUAAUUGAGGAGGACAUUUUCAUUGCUAUUGGUGCUGUUGCAGGUGUCAUUGGCCCUGAGUUUGAAAAGUAUAUGGAAACCUUUUUGCCCUUUUUGGUUGCCGCUCUGCAGGACCCUGAUGCCCCCGCAGUACGCACGGCCAUUGGUCUUGUUGCUGACAUCAGUCACGCCCUGGGGCCUGCUGUGGCCAAAUACAGCGAAAACAUGAUGACAAUUUUGGGCAGCAUGUUACAAGCGGCCAGUACUCCUAGGGACAUUAAGCCUAUGAUUCUUUCAUGCUUUGGCGACAUUGCAUCAUCGAUGGGUUCGUCGUUUAGCGUUUAUUUGGACGUUGUUAUGGCUGUUAUCAGAGAAGCUUCGCAGCUGCAAACGACUGUUGAGUCUCCACCUGAUUUUUUGGAGUAUGUGUCUAGUCUGCGAGAGGCAAUUGUAGAUGCCUACGUGGGCAUUGUCACCGGUCUGCACGACGAGCCUGGACAAUUGUACCCACACCUUGGGUCUAUUAUGGAGUUUUUGCAGCUGCUCAAUGCAGACGUGAGAGUAGUUAAGACCGAGUCAACUGUGCGGUCUGUGGUUGGUUUGUUGGGAGAUAUUGCGACCAUGUACCCGGCUGGCUCUCUGGUUGAAAUUUACAGUACACCAUGGGUCACGGAGACUAUUAAGAAGGCACGGACGGACCGGACUUAUGGAAAUAACACACGCGACACAGCCAAGUGGGCGCGCGAGCAACAGAAGCUUCACAUUGCUGGAGCUCCUUAG